AUGAAGGCCGCUGCAUGUGCUGCCACAUACUGCUCUAUUUUUACCCGCUCAAAGGCACCAGUAUGACCCACGGACAGACACAGGACAAUGUGAUUGUCGGGACACGGCAGAAAAAGUUUGAUCACAAGGAUUUCUCUGUGCAUCAGUUGCAGCACUAUGUUAAGGUGUGCAAAUGGACGACCUUGAUCACAGUAUCAGCAUAGUGGAAUACGAGUGGAUAAGCUUUUAUGAUGAGUGUGAAGAAUGUUGCCUGCUAUUGCCCUCCAAAGCAGACGUUGACAACUCCAGCCUGAGUGAUUCAGAAGAGUCCUGGAGUCAGGAACAUUCAGAACAAUGUGAUGCCCUGCAAACCACUGCUGCCAGAACAGGGCUAGAAUUAGUCCACCUCGCACUGGAGCAUGGCCCUUGCUUUGCAGAGUUUUCACAGGUUAACCAGAAGCACACAGACGGAGAAGGAGAGGAUCAGACUGCGGUCUGGGAAGAGAAGGGAUCAGAUAAAGGAUCUCUUCAUACCCGCCUUAAUCUUGUAGAGACACCGCAGUGUUCCGAAGAAGAUGUUCUCUCCACCAGGGAAGCACAAAAAGAGAAUGAGGAGAUAUUGAAGAUGGUUAAUUAUGGCAUUGCAACAAAUGAAACACUCUCACAACGAAGCGACCCUAAUGAUAGCCAAUGUUCUACUGACGAUGGAGCCCAUGAAACGCUUUCAGACCUACAGAGAAUUCUGCUAAGUGACACGGUCUGCGCCACAACUACACAGGAAGUCCAGCCACUUCCCAGACAUAAAGCCGACCGUGAUAUGAACGACAGGCUGAUACAAUGUGCACACAAUGCAGAGAAAACACUUUGCGGGAAAGACAGAAGCUUCUUGAUUACGAAAGAGAAGGAGCGUUGGUUUGUGACGGUGAAUGUCAGCCCUUUGCGAAGAAAAAGACGAAAGAAAAAGAAAGCUAGUAGAACCUUUCCCCGUGCGGCGGUUUGCAGAAGCCCACACCUGAACGCAGGUCAGAGGUCAAGAUGAAUCAAUCAGAGGUGGAGAGCGGCAACAACUCGGGGCCUUGUGAAACGUCACAACCACACCAAGGAGCAUCUGCUGCAGAGUCAUCCGAUGGGAUUCAGAUACCAGUUCUCACAGAUACAAAACCAAUCCAUGAGGACUCUUCUCUUUCAGACUCUGAAUUGUGUUCUUUUAAACCUUCCACACUGGAAACAUGUCCAUUAUCUGAGGCAGCUCCACAGUCAGUGACCCUCCCAAACUCCACGUUAUCCAAGUUAGCAUUUAAAGGUCAAGAUAUUACAGUGCUGGACGUUGUGAAGUCUGAGGAUUUUGAAAAUGGUCAAGGAUUAUGCUUGGCAAAUAUUUGCAAUUCCAGACAUCAAACCGCCAUGUUGCCUAACGCAGUUAUCUUGAAAAGUGCAAGUAGAUUACAAUACUGUCAAUCAUUUGAAAGUAUUGAGUCUAUGGAAUUCAAAAGUGCCGAAGACUUCAGCUCAAGCAACAGCUCUGAUUGUGAAAGUUAUGCUUCAGCACCUGACACACCAGAGGAUACUUGGCCUAUAUUCAAAGACCAUCGCUCUGAAAAUAAACCAGAGGACCUGGAACAACGGUCCCGCCGCCGCAAACUAUUGCUGUCCACACCAUGUGACCUGUUGGAGUUAAGUGAGAUGGAAAAUGUUCCACACACAGAUGACGUGCAGUUUCCUGAUGAGACACUGCAUGUGCAUUCUGCUAAACAUGUGUCACAUGACAUUGAAUACCUGCAGGACCCUAUGCCCUUGCAAAGCCAUGGCUGUAAAACUGAGGCGAAUGGGGAAUGUAUGGAGGCAUAUACUGAGCCUGCUUUGGCAUGUCUACCUGUUGAACAAAGUGAUAGUUUAACACUAGAGAACAACUCUGCUGAUAAAACAGUCCAUUUAACGUCUCAACCUUCAGACUCUAAGCAAGUGGAACUGUGUAGCAUGACAACAGAUCAACCUCAAUCUCCUUCCGUUUGUGAUCCGACAGCUGGCUCUGUGCCGGACAGCCAAGAAACAUAUGCUGAAUCACUUGGCCCUUGUCGGCCUGUAUUCGCCAUGUCUGCCUUUUGGGAUGAGAUGGAAAAACUGACAAUUAGAGACAUUUUACAGCUGAGAGAAUCAGGGGAACAACCCAGCAGAAAAGCACUUACAAUUCAUGACACAGCAAGGCCCAUGAUGAUGACCGGGACAUGAAGACAGACACCGGUCCUCUGUGGUCGGACACCCCUCUGGUAGAUCCGUCAGACAUUGCAGACUCUGACUACUUUACCAAUCCCGAUGACUCUCAGCCAGAUCGCUCGAGUUGUGAUGUUUCCGUAUUCUCUGAUCUGGAUGAGGAGUACUGUCAGCUACUGGGUGGCGGGCAAGAAACGGGCACUGACCUUCUGGACCCUAACCUUCACACGCAAAGCCCAGCUGUCUCUCCUCCCACACGGGACUCCACAAAGAACACACCACCGGCUAAUGAAGGCACGUGGGAAGAGGGAAGUUUGGAUGUUCCACACUCCCUUAACUGUUUUUCAGCUGGUCAAACUGCACAUGAGAGUGGUAUUCAAAAAAGCAAAAGCAUGCAUAACAUCCAAACUCUCUACAGUACUCACAAGGGCACGCCCUUCGAACCGAUCCUUGAGAAUGGAGAUGAGCGAUCACCCUGUAUAAAGGAUCCUUCCCUGCAGAUGAUCCCUGUCAUAAUGGUGAACAACGUUCUCGUCGAUGGAACCUUCUCAACUAUGCUGUCGAACCCUGACAUUCUGGACGAGGAUUACAGAAUAUCACUCCCGGAAGUUUUGGGGUAUUUCUAUGAGAACAAGACACAGGAUGACUUUGGGACUGUCAGUAACUAUGAUGACCAAUCACUGUCUUCUCUUUGCGACGGCACCACCAGCUCCAGAUAUGGGUCUAAGGACGGACUCCUGUCCAUCCAAGCUUCCCAAUGGAGAGAGGAAAAACCAAUCCCCAUCUUCACAUGCUCCGGCCACUCCCUUAGAGAGCUCACAUUCCCAGAGGCAGACUACCUCAUCCGUUCAACAGAGAUUCACGUUGACCCGGACAUGGAGAGCCACGGCCUGCCAAUCUGGGCUGUACCUCACGCCCCCUGUCCGGGCGUCUAUCCCGUCCUCUCGUCUGCAGCCGCGGACGAAGCUCUAUUCAACAACAGAUGUUGGUCCAGCUGGUUCAUCAGAAAUAUACGCCUCCCAGACAGCGGCAGCAGCUGGAGCCUUAGGUCUUGGCCUUGGGUGUUCCCGAUCGGAGCCCACUGGACCCCCUUCAGGGACGCCAAUGCAGUCCACACACUAACCCCUCAGAGAGGGUUUGCCUCUUUCCCCAACCACUUGGUCAGAAAGCUGGCAGCCGACCAGCAAAUGUUGAAAUUCAUGCCGACAUCGGUGUCAUUAUCAGAUAAAGACGGCCUCUUCUCCACCCUGAAGCAGUCAGACAUGUGCUUGUUGUGCAUUGCAGUGGCAUCGUGGGUCCUGAGGUCCACUGACCCGCACGCAGCAGACUCUUGGAAAGCAGCCUUGCUGGCAAAUGUGAGCGCCAUAUCAGCGAUCCAGUACCUCCGACACUAUGUUCUGAGGAGACCUGCUAAGGACGGAGGAGGGAAGGCCAGUGUGAGCGAGAGCUUGUGCAAGGACAAUCGCACAGCUACCGCUGUGGCAUGCUCAGAUGAUGUAAUGGCACACUAGAUUAAAACCGCCUUUUUUGCCAAGUACAACCCUGACUCCGUCCGCUCUGUACCAGGAACCUUUACAGCGGGAAAACGCAUCAC